GCCAAGUCACCUGCAGGAUAUCGUAAAAAAAAUGUUACAAAGUAGCUUACGCGCAAAGAUGAUGGCCUAUGUGACGUUUUGCUCCGUCUUCCUACUGGUCAGCCUGAUUCCAUCUGUCCAGGCCGGCCGAGAAGCGGGGUUUUGGGUUGAAAACGUCACAAUACCUGAGGACGAGUCUGUCGGCAGCACAGUCAAGCACCUGCGAGACUUUCUUAACGUCGGCGGUGGCCUAAUGGAAGAGGAAAAUGGAACGUCGUGGUCAGUGAACAUCACAAGUGGCAACGAUCUCAGACGGUUUGAGGUUGUUGUUGAGCAUUUGACGCUAGUCGUCGCAGCACCGCUGGACUAUGAGUAUAACCCGCGGUACAACCUGUCCCUAAAGCUGACAAAUACUGGAGACAACAGCGUUUGGCAUGUAAACCUCGUCAUCGUGAUCAUGGACGUGUGGGGAUACCCGCCAUACUACAGCAAACAGUGUGAAACACCAGUUAUACCUGUAACUGGGACGGCUGAGAACUAUGUCGUACUGAGCAGCCCUAAUGGGCAAUUCGAUGUUGUAAUUAAUGGCGAAGAACGACAGUACCCAGACUUUUUUUCCCUGAUAGAAUCCCACGAUGCUAUCAUGAACGACUGCUCCCUUCGGCUGUGUUCUACUUUGAACCCAACGUGGGAAGACCUGCUCCGCCCGGCUCUUGAGACGACUCAUGAGAAUGGAGGGAGGAUAGAGUUUCAAUGUCGCGACAGACAGUUAAGAAGUGCGGGCAAGUUUAUAUUUUUCGAUGUUUCGAAACAAAUGUUGCCUGAGUGGGCACAGGUAAAAAUGUGUAGCAUGACAGAAGGUUAUGCUGUAGUUGUUAAGAUGAAUAAGAUAAGAUCCACGUCGUCCUAUUGGACACAAUGUAGCGCUAACGUCACAGUUUACUAUGCGACAUGGCCCGUUGAUUUUACAUUUCAUUACGACAUUACAGGGUGUCCCGAGGGCAGGUACGGUCUGUACUGUGACAAAGACUGUGUUUGUAAGAACGGGGCCCGGUGUCAUGGCUUUAACGGUGCCUGUGAGUGCCGCCCGGGCUGGAGAGGGAGGGCCUGUGAUAUUCCCUGGCCUGAAGUUGUCAUCAUAGCGUCACCUGGCGAUUCAGUCGUAAAGUACAUCGGUACUAAUCUGACAUUGACCUGCCUGGCUCCACACAUCCAAGUAGCUAGUAUGAUGUGGGUUUAUGAAACAGAAAACUAUUACAACGAUACAAAAAUCAUUGUAGAAGGGGCGGUACAGAACAGUUCCAUCAACUUCCAGCAAGUCUCAGAAUCAGACAACGGUGGUUAUACUUGCGUGGUAAAAGCUGUAAAUGGUGGAGUAAUUAAUGCAACCUUUUCCCUCAACGCCACCAAAUGCCGACCUAACUAUUAUGGAGAGGUUUGCAGCCAAGUGUGUGACUGUGAGUACGGAGGGACGUGUGACAGGUGGGAGGGGUGUCUGUGUCCUCCCGGCCGUCGUGGAGACAGGUGUCAGCACACCUGCGCACCUGGCAGUUUUGGUUGGAACUGCAGCAUGACAUGUCAAUGUCAGAACAACUCUGUGUGUGAUGCAGUAAAUGGGACUUGUAAUUGUUCGGAAGGGCAGUCAGGCGAAUUUUGUGAAAUCGGGACCAAAUCAGAAAAUAAUCAAGUCGUCUUUAUAGUUGUGGCGUCCAUUCUUCCUGCUAUUGUUAUACUUGGCUGCAUCAUAAUUGUGACCAUGGUAAAACAGAGGGUCACAAAUUGGAGCGGGCUACAUACAAUGAACAGAGAGGACAUAGAAAUGGAGCCUCUGUCAUCAUGGGAACUAGACAAAGAGGACAUCUGUUUUGAACACAUGAUAGGCGAGGGGGAGUUCGGCCAUGUAGUACGGGGAAGACUGCGCGUGCCGGAAGGCUACCAAGUUUUGGUUGCCGCCAAAAGUAUCCGGCCUGACCGCAUGACGGCGUCUGCUGUCCGCGACUUUCGCCGCGAAAUGGACAUUCUCGCCAGGAUCCACGAAGACAAAGAGGGACACCCGAACGUGGUGAAGUUUUACGGAGUUCUGACUAAAUCAGAUCCACAGUACAUUGUUGUAGAGUACGCGGCUAAUGAGGAACUGCGCCGGUACCUGUGGGGUUUGAGAGAACAACUCAAAGUCACAGGAGAAAGGAAACUGUUUGAACGUCUCGGUUUUGCUUCUGGUGUGGCCAGUGGGUUAGAAGAGCUGGCACGUCUGAAGAUCGUUCACCGAGACAUCGCGGCCCAUAAUGUCGUCAUCAGUGACAGGAAGGUGGCUAAGAUCGCGGAUUUCGGACUAUCGCGUGACGUUUACACGUCGUCGGCGUACGAACGCACUAACCAGAGCGGGGAGGAGGAACUGUUGCCGCUGAAGUGGAUGGCCGUGGAGUCGUUACGGGACGGGGUGUACACGUGUGAGAGUGACGUGUGGUCGUACGGCGUGCUGCUGUGGGAGAUCGCCAGUUUUGAGGAGCCGCGCUACGCUGGAGGCCCCAUGCACCCGGACGUCUGCACACUGUUGGAGCUGCUGAAGAAAGGCGUCCGUCUGCAGCAGCCGGAGAACUGUCCGCUGCCGGUGUACCGCAUCAUCAGGUCCUGCUGGAUAGUAGACCCCUCCAAGCGGCCGACGCCUGAAGUGCUGCUGCAAAAGAUAGACCAGUUAAGACCACCGAGGCAUGCGGCCCACCUCGUUAAUCAUGGCAUGACAUGGCAGUAAAGCAUCAGCUAUUAACAAGCAAGGUCUAAUGGACUGCCCUAAAUCUAAUACAAAUGAGAAAAAGACUUCAUAGCCUUUCUUCUACAUAAGGACCUCAUUGUGUAGCAGAUUAUUUCCUUGAAGUGAAAUACAAAGUAACUGUGAAGCAUAUAUUAUAUGGGCGCGAUGUACAUCAAUAAUCCACGUCGCCAUAGCCUGGUUCCCAGCACUGUUAGCCCACGGACGUUAUAAAGGCACAUAACAUGUCAUAACUUAGCCAAACAAGGCUGGCAUCCCUGCUAACCUAGCCAGACGUUAUGCGUCAAUUUUCUUUAAUGACUAUUAAUUAAAAAUUAUCGGUUAUAACAGGACUGCACAAAAGGAGUAGUGGUACUAGUAGUAGUAUUAACC